AUGGAGAACGGCACAGAGGGCAAGAACUUCUACAUCCCCAUGAACAACCGGACGGGGCUUGUAAGGAGUCCUUUUGAGUAUACACAGUAUUAUUUGGCGGAUCCAUGGUUCUUCAAACUGCUGGCUCUCUACAUGUUCUUCCUGAUGUGCACCGGCUUCCCCAUCAACUUUCUGACACUGCUGGUCACAGCUCAGAACAAGAAGCUCCGGCAACCUCUCAACUUCAUCCUGGUCAACUUGGCUGUUGCUGGAGUCAUCAUGGUCUGCUUCGGAUUCACAGUCAGCUUUUAUUCCUCCCUCAAUGGCUAUUUCUCCUUGGGACCCAUGGGCUGUGCUAUUGAGGGAUUCAUGGCCACUCUUGGAGGUCAGGUGUCUCUGUGGUCUCUUGUGGUUCUUGCUGUUGAGAGAUACAUUGUGGUCUGCAAACCCAUGGGUAGUUUCAAAUUCACAGCCACCCACGCUGGAGCAGGUUGUGCAUUCACCUGGGUCAUGGCUGCCUCCUGCGCUGUCCCUCCUCUUGUUGGCUGGUCACGGUACAUCCCUGAGGGUAUUCAGGUGUCCUGCGGACCCGACUACUACACCUUGGCCCCAGGCUACAACAACGAAUCAUUUGUCUUGUACAUGUUCACCUGCCACUUCUGCGUUCCUGUCUUCACCAUCUUCUUCACCUAUGGAAACUUAGUGUGCACAGUGAAGGCGGCCGCAGCUCAGCAGCAGGACUCUGUAUCCACACAAAAAGCUGAGAAGGAAGUGACACGUAUGUGCAUCCUGAUGGUGCUGGGCUUCCUGGUGGCUUGGACCCCAUAUGCCAGCUUUGCUGCAUGGAUCUUCUUCAACAGGGGAGCUGCGUUCUCAGCCACAGCCAUGGCCAUCCCUGCCUUCUUCUCAAAGAGCUCAGCACUGUUCAACCCCAUUAUCUAUGUGCUGAUGAACAAACAGUUCCGUAAUUGCAUGCUGAGCACUAUUGGCAUGGGUGGCAUGGUGGAGGAUGAGACCUCAGUAUCAACCAGCAAGACAGAAGUGUCCUCUGUCUCCUAAACACGGACCAAUCU